AUGGCGCUCCUUGACCCUCUGAGCGUGCCUGAUGGGCGAGGAAGCGGUGGUGAAGGAGGAAAUCUACCAAGCACAUGUGGAGUGGAUGGGCUGUGUGGGUGUGGGUGUGGGUGUGGGUGUGGGUGCUGCCUCAGUCACGGCCACAGCACCCAGGAGGACCCACAUCUCGACCCAAGGAAGGCUACUGUACUCACCUCUCUUCUGCAGCAGACAGACAAGCAGCAGGAGCUGAGCAACCACCUGGCUCUUGAGGUGCAGGGGGGAGAGCCAGCGGCCAGGGCACUCGCUCAUAAGUACGGCCUCCAAUACGUCACUCAGGUAUUCAAAGAUCCACCAGUCUUCCACCUACACAAGCCAGACAACACCACUCACUACUACGACCACCAACACCACCACCACCACCAACACCACCACAGAGCGCGCCGAGCCACAUCCGACCUGGUGCAGCGUUUGGCCAAUGAGCGAGGGGUGAAGUGGGUGAACCAAGAAAGAGCUGUCACAAGGGACAAGCGACACCAGAUUCCCGGGUUCCAUCACACCAGUUCCCGAUUCGCCCCAGACGCAGCCGGCACACACAAGAUACAACAGGAAGCAUACAGACACAUGAGGUUAUGGCAGGAGGAAGAGGAGCUUGGCCUAUCUAGAAGGAAAGAUAUUAACGUUGAAAAGAGCUUACCGGGCAGCCUUUUCCAACUCCCUACUGACAACACGGAAAUUAAAGAACAAUUGAUCCGAAGCAGCACAAGUUUCACCAAGAGUAAAGAAGAAGAACUCGACUAUAAUGAAGAGUUCAAUGAUCCUCUCUACAAGGUGCAGUGGUACUUGCACAACACAGGUCAGCUAGGUCACGCAGGUUGUGACCUCAAUGUGACAGGGGCGUGGCGGCAGGGCUACACAGGGCGAGGCGUGAACAUAAGCAUCCUGGACGACGGCUUCCAGACCACCAAUGCUGACCUUGCCGCCAACUAUAACCCGGAAGUGAGUUAUUCUGUAGUGCAUGACGGCCAGCCUGAGAAUGACCCGUCCCCAAGGCUAGACCCUCCAAAGUACUCUAACUCCCAUGGUACAUACUGCGCUGGGGUGGUGGCGGCCGUGGCUAACAACGGUGUGUGUGGAGUGGGUGUGGCCUACGAUGCUAAAGUGGGAGGUGUACGCAUCGUGGACGGUACAGUGACAGACAUACAGGAAGCUACGGCAAUGUCCCGGCACGUGGGUGAAGUGGCCGUGUUCAGCGCCUCAUGGGGACCCAGGGAUGAUGGGAUCCAUGUGGAGGGUCCCGGUAGGCUGGCCACCUUGGCGUUGCGCUAUGGAGUCAUGCAGGGUCGGGGAGGCCUGGGCACAAUAUACGUAUGGGCAUCAGGCAACGGCGGCUUGGUGGCUGAUAACUGUAAUCUGGACGGCUACGCUUCCUCCAUCUACACCCUCACAGUGUCAGCCCUCACAGACCUUGGCGAGUCCACAUUCUACAGUGAGCCGUGUGCGUCUACCCUGGCCGGUGUAUACGUCGGCGGCCACCACACCCUCAGUGAAGCCAUGGCACACAACAACCUCCAGACCAAAGUAGUGGUGCCGGAGCUGGACGGUCACUGCAGCAGCCGGUUCCAGGGCUCCUCGGCAGCUGCUCCUCUCCUGGCGGGGGUGAUAGCUCUCAUUCUGCAGGCCAACCCCAGACUCAGCUGGCGGGACGUGCAGCACCUCGUGGUGAGGGAGGCCGCCCCGACACCUGCAGCACUGAAGGAGGACGGAUGGCAAACAAAUGCUCGGGGAAAGAAAUUUCACUUCCUACAGGGCUUUGGUGCCGUGGAUGCUGGGAGGAUGGUGGAGGCUGCUCUGACUUGGCAGAAUGUGGGGCCACAGAAGAUGGAAAAGCUAAUGCUGUUUGAUGGAAAUAGCAAUUUUACAAGAGGCUGGAGGAACGUGAGCCAGGAACUACAUAUCGCGUCACACAUGAGGAGCGUUGAGCACGUCGUGGCCACAAUCACCCUCAGCCACGCCAGGAGGAAGCUUCUUAACAUAUACAUCGUGUCUCCGGCAGGCACGGAGUCCCAGGUCCUGACUCACCGUUCGGAGGACGUAAGUGCGUCAGGCUUCCACGGCUGGGACUUCAUGUCCGUGCACUUCUGGGGGGAGGAGCCAGGCGGGGAGUGGACUGUGGCCAUCGAGUGUGAUUCCAAACUAGUGGGCCAGUUGAUAAAAGUUGAGCUAACUGUGUAUGGCUACUGAUUGUAAACCAAGAGGAAAGCCAAAAAAAAGGAGAGGUGUUCAAUUGAUGCAAUAAAUAAGAAGGAAAAUUAUAAUGAAAAAGUUAAUCAGGUGUAAUCUCUCUCUCUCUCUCUCUCUCUCUCUCUCUCUCUGAAAAAGCAUAGUUGCCAGUAUGGUGCAAGAGGUUGAUGCGUUUUAACAUUACGCCACGAGAUCAUAAUAUCAGUGCUGCAAUAAAGAUAUCACUGUCUUUUUUCUUUUAACUUUUAACAAACUAAGCACUUGUUACUCAUACCACCAAUGUGAAGAUAAAAGCUUUACAUCUUAUCAACUCCUGUCGACGUUUUCAUCCCUCUCUCUCUCUCUCUCUCUCUCUCUUUUGUGAUGAGCUGAACAUGGUAAAUAGACAUGGUUAGAAUUCAGGUAGCAUUUUUUUUUUUCUAUCAUCUUUUAGUAUACAUGUCUAAUAAUCUGUUGGCAUCCUGUCUAGAAAACAUGACAAUUGAUAUAUAUUUCAGAGACCAGGAGAAAUUGCUAUUGAAGGAUUAUGCUACAUAAGUGAUAAUAAUGAUAAUGAUAACAAUACUAAUGAUGUACAGAAAACAGAAUAAAUUAAGAAGUCAAGACACAUGGAAAAAAAAAAAAAAAACUGUGUAGAAAUACAUAA